AUGCAUUCAGAUGCCCAGGUUAUAUUUAUUGCUGAAUGGAGAUCCCAAGUAUCUUUAUUGAUGAAUGGAGAUACCCACGUAUCUUUAUUGAUGAAUGGAGAUACCAGCCUUGGUUCCGCAAGAAGACGAAGAUACCAUCCCCAUCGAGCUCAUUUUUUUGUGUCCAUAGGAACCACAGUGUCCUAUCUGGCCAAUCUUUAUGACGCGUAUCAUAUAAGAAUUGUCGGGGAGAUUCCAACUGGGUUACCUGAACCUACGUUACCACCUUUCGAGCUGAUGCCAACAGUGUUAGUGGACUCUAUAGUGAUCAGUGUGGUGGCUUAUGUAGUCUCCUUCUCUAUGGCCAGGAUAUUUGCCAAGAGACACAACUACAGUAUUGAUGCUAAUCAAGAACUAUAUGCUCUGGGAGCCAGUAACGUGUUUGGAUCGUUCUUCGGCUGUGCUCCCAUCGCUGUGUCACUGGCUCGCUCUCUCAUACAGGAAGCUGCCGGUGGUGUUACACAGAUAACUUCCUUCGUCUGUUGCUUCCUACUGCUGUUUGUCUUACUGUUUAUUGGGCCCGUCUUUGAAACUCUCCCAAACGCUGUCCUGUCUUCCAUCAUCGUAGUGGCACUGAAGGGAAUGUUCAUGCAAGUGAAAGACUUGAAGAGGGUGUGGGGUGUGUCUCGUCCCGACGCAAUGAUAUGGCUGGCUUCCUUCCUCGGUGUUGUAAUUAUAGACAUAGACUAUGGCUUGUUGUUGGGUAUCGUCACAUCACUGGUGGUUCUGCUCUAUCGUUCACAAGAACCCAAAACUGCUCGUCUCGGACGUGUUCCAAACACCGAUGUUUACCUAAACGUCAACAAAUAUUCCAUGACAGUAGAAGUGCCGACAGUGAGUAUCUUCCAGUUUAUCGGUCCGCUGCACUUUGCUAACAGUGAAUAUUUCCGUCGGGAGCUGAUGUCUGUCACUGGUCUCAACCCAAUCACUAUUGCUGCAAGCAAGUCACUAGUUGAGAAACAGCUGCAGCUGGAGGCUGACCUCACCACCCAGCUGACCAAGCAGGUACAGUACCUGGUGGUUAGAGAUGAUGCUGUGAGUUACACAGACUCCAGUGGUGGUUACCUACUGUCUCAGCUGUGUAAAGAAUACCAGGAGGCUGGUAUUACGUGUGUUCUGGCUUCUCUCUCAAGAUCUUCACUGAAGAAAUCAAAGCAUCAUCAAGUUAAGCCUUCAGAACAACCACUAUUCUGA